CUCUUGAGAGUUUCCCCGUGUCUAAACCUCUCUCUCAGCCUUCCCUACAACAAUCUAACCGACAUCGACCAUGGCCUCCUACGUCCCACAAGCCAUGUUUGAUCUCCGUGGACGCGUAGCAAUCGUUACUGGUGGGGGAACAGGCAUCGGGUGGAUGAUCAGCAAAGGACUUGCCGCAAGUGGAGCAAAGGUUUACAUUACAGGACGGCGCCUUGAUGUCCUAGAGAAGGCUGCCAGUGAGUGGGACAAGGCGAUCGGUGGAGAUAUCGUUCCGCUGCAACUGGAUGUCACCGAUAAGCAGAGCAUCUUGGCCGCCAAGGCUCGUAUCGAGACUGAAGAAGGAAGAUUGCAUAUCCUGGUUAACAACGCUGGCCAAGUUGGACCAUGCUCGAACUUUUUCGGAGACCCUUCUGCUCCGGAGCAGAAGGACGCUGAGACGUUGGGCCAAGCCCUGUUCAACAACGAGAGCUUUGAGCAGUGGUCACAGUUGUAUACGAUCAAUACCUUUUCCAUCUUCUUCAUGACCACAGCCUUCCUCGGACUGCUUGCCAAGGGAGGCGAGGAGAUUCCAGGUCACUGGUCAAGCGUCGUGAAUAUCACCAGUAUCAGCGGUGUAAUGAAGCUCGCGCAAGACCAUUUCUGCUAUAAUAGCUCCAAGGCGGCUGCCACUCACCUUACCAAGAUGCUGUCUACCGAAAUCCUCCUCAAAGGUUAUCCGAUCAGAAUCAACGCUGUUGCCCCAGGAGUGUACGAGUCUGAAAUGACUUGGCACACUAUUACACCUGAAGCCGUGGAUAAAGUCGCGAAGGGCGUUGUUCCUGUUCCCGCCAGGCGCCCAGGAAGUGGGGAGGAAGUAGCGGGGACUGUUGUUUACCUCGUCUCAAAGGCAGGGGGAUAUACACAUGGACAAGAAAUUGUGAUAGAUGGCGGGGCUUUGGCAGUCAAUCCUUCCGUAGCCUGAU